AUGGCACUGGCCGUUGUAUCUGUCUCAGCUUCUCUUAUGUAUCCAGUCUCUUUCCCCGUUUACCGGCGACAAGAACCUGGAACGCCUGAAUACGACUGUCAUACGAACUGUGGAGCUGUCAUUGUCGCUGGUAGAACGGAGGGAUAUUGCGACACAGCAAAUUUUACCACUGCCCUCGAAGCUUGCCUCGAUUGUGCUCUCGAAUUUGAUAUCUGGCAGUACUAUGGUGGCAGUGUCGCCGAGGCCGCAACAGCGUGUGGGCUCGAUGCAACGCCAGUCCCUGCCAAUGCCACUUCCGCAACGAACAGCAGCUCUAUCCAUGAGUCCACUUCGGUUAGUUCACCUCAAAGCACAGAGGCAACAUCUUCAACGUCAACCACGGCUUCUUCGGUCGAGACAGCUUCAGCGACGGCCGGACAGACCUUCACUGAGACUCCAAGCGAAACCGCUUCUGCAGCAACUGCCACCGAGACUGGGAACUUUGGCAACAGAAUCGCCCUUAAUGGUGGACAUGUAGCAUUACCUUUGGUAGCGUUACUUCCUGGAUUCGUCUAA